UUAUUUGGGUGUUUCCUAGCCUGGGAUAUUCCUGCUUUGAAUGACAGCAAAUACAUUGGAAUGAGUGUCUAUAAUGUGGGGAUAAUGUGCAUUAUUGGUGCUGCUGUUUCAUUCCUUACUCGGGACCAACCCAAUGUGCAAUUCUGCAUCGUUGCUUUAGUCAUAAUAUUCUGCAGCACCAUUACUCUCUGCCUUGUGUUUGUACCUAAGCUCAUCACACUGAGGACAAAUCCAGAUGCAGCGACACAGAACAGACGAUUUCAGUUCACUCAAAAUCAAAAGAAAGAAGAUUCAAAAACAUCAACAUCAGUCACCAGCGUCAAUCAGGCCAGCACAUCUCGACUAGAAGGACUGCAGUCAGAGAACCACCGCUUGAGAAUGAAAAUUACAGAGCUGGACAAAGACUUGGAAGAGGUUACAAUGCAGCUUCAGGACACUCCUGAGAAAACAACAUACAUUAAGCAGAACCACUAUCAGGAUCUUAAUGACAUUCUUAGUAUACGGAACUUUACAGACAGCAAAGAUGGUGAGAAAGCCAUUUUGAAAAAUCAUCUUGAUCAAAAUCCACCAGCACAAUGGGGCUCAUCAGACCCUUCCAGAACAAGCAAAGAUCCUAUAGAAGACAUCAACUCUCCAGAACACAUACAGCGUCGGCUGUCUUUGCAGCUGCCCAUCCUCCAUCACGCCUACUUGCCGUCCAUAGGAGGAGUCGACGCUAGCUGCGCCAGUCCGUGCGUAAGCCCCAGCGCCAGUCCUCGGCACAGACACGUGCCGCCCUCCUUCCGAGUAAUGGUUUCGGGGCUGUAGGAAAGGGAGAUUGGUGCUUCCUGAACUGCUUUUAAGUACUCAAUGACUGGACUAAACAUCUGACCUAGAACUCUGCUACAAACAUGUAACGUUGGCUCUUACCGCAGAGGAGCUACCGCUGAGGCCGUCGUCACAGGAGUGCCCGUGUAACUCGUGCGGGAAGGCAAAGGAGAAGGACACAAGGAGUUUGAUCUGUAGCCUUAUUCAUGGAGUUUUUAUUUCUUCACGUAGAAGUCACUGAAAAACGUUUCUUCCCAAAUUUCUACUGGCAACAAGGAGGCUGGGAAAUACGGAUCUUGCAAAAAAGACACUAGGAAAAAAGACCAACCGCUCAGACGUCACUGAGCUUUAUGUGGCUGCUGAGAACAUGCAAUUCUAUACUGUAUCCAUGUAAGGAAAACACAGUGGUUGAGCUGUACCAUGUUUAUGGAAAUAGCUACACUCAUUUUUACAAGAGUUAUGUUAAAUUGCUGGAAACAUUCUGCACUGGUUAGUCUUGCUUGUUUUCAUUUCAGGGACGGUGUUGGAUAGGAAAGGAGGAUGGUGGGAAA